GUUGCUUCAUUCAGACAGCCUACGAUUGGCCAGAUUGGAAGUCGCUCACACAAAUGUUCCAAUCAUCAAAAACGGUGACCAGACGAAGGGCGGGAUUUUUCAGGAAACGGGUGGGCUUGUACAAGGAGCAGCAGUGUGUGUGUGUGUGCAGGUGUCAACAACAAAAUAUUAACACACGCCCUCAUUAACUAAAACUUAGAUUUGAUCUUUUUUUUCAUAGUUUGACCUAAAAAAGGACCAGAAUGUUAAGACGAAUAUUACAGAUGACUCCUGGGAAAGGAGGCUCUCAGAGCUCGGAGUCUGAGCAGCCGUCUGCUGAUAUGAAUAAUGAGUCCUCAGAGGGCUUUAUUUGUCCCCAGUGUAUGAAAUCCCAUAACUCUGCUGAGGAGCUCUUCAAACAUUAUGAGGUCUUUCAUGAACCAGGAGACCAGCCGUCCCCCUUUAGCCCCGGCAGGGAGGAUUUAACAUUACUUCGACAGGAAAUCCAAGACUUACAGGCUUCACUGAAGGAGGAACGCUGGUUUUCUGAGGAAUUGAAAAAAGAAUUAGACAAAGUACAAGGACGAAUAGCAACUAAUAAAGGCUUACAGAGCGAUGGUACAAGUGGAGAAGAUGCAGAGCUUGAGAUGAGACUCAAUGAAUCGGAGACAGAGAAGUUCAACAUCAAACAGAUGAAGGACCUGUUUGAACAAAAAGCUGCUCAGCUUGCGACCGAGAUAGUUGACAUCAAAUCUCGCUACGAUGAGGAGAAAAGUAUGAGAGAAGCUUUGGAGCAGAGACUGGCCAACUUAAACCAAGAUAUGCAAAAAGAAAAACAGGAGAAGGAGAAACUGUCGGCAGAGCUGCUCCAGAGGCCGGGUGUGGAAGAUGUGGAGGUGUUGAAGAAAGAGCUGGUGCAGGUGCAGACGCUCAUGGACAACAUGACCCGAGAGCGAGAGGAGGAGUCAGAGCGCCUCAAAGGCCAAUAUGAGCAGCUGCAGGCCAACUUCACUACCUCAGAGAAAACGAUUGCUCAAUUAAAGGCUGAACUGGAGAAGGGUCCUCAAGAAGCAGCGGUUUACACACAACAGAUCCACCAAUUACAGAGCAGCUUGAACAACCUCCAGCAGCAAUCCCAGGCUUUGUCAGAGAAAUUAUCUCGUAAAGAGAAGGAGAAUCAGGAACUGGAGGAGCGUCUGGGUCACGAACAGGCCUCUAAGAAGAGUCUUCAGGCUAAUCUGCAUCAGAAAGAGCUGGAGCUCCAGGAGAGUCGAGCACGGGUGUCUUCAGGAGAAGCAGCUCUCAGUCGAGCACAGGCUGAAUUAACUGAACGUGGGGAAGAGGCUGCACGACUCAGACGAGAGCUGGGCGAGCUGGAGAAGAACCAGCAGGAGCUGAAGGCAGAGCGGAAACAACUUCAACAGCAGAGGGAGGAUAAAGAAAACCAGGGCCUGCAGCAACAGAGUGAGAUCAGCCAGCUGCAUGCGAAGCUGCUGGAAGCGGAGCGUCAGGUGGGGGAGCUGCAGGGUCGUCUGAAAGAGCAGAGACAGCUGUCUGGAGAGAAGCUCAAAGACAGAGAACAGCAGGCAGCAGAUCUCCAGCUCAAACUCUCCCGCUUAGAGGAAGAGUUGAAGGAGAGCUCCACCAAGUCCACUGACCUGCAGCAUCAGCUGGACAAAUCCAAACAGCAGCAUCAAGAACUACAAACACUUCAACAGAGCACUAAUGGCAAACUUAGAGAAGCACAGAAUGACCUGGAGCAGGUGUUGCGUCAGAUCGGCGACAAAGACCAGAAGAUCCAGAAUCUUGAAGCUCUGCUCCAGAAGAGUAAGGAAAGUGUGAGCCAGCUGGAGACCGAGAGAGAGGAUCUGUGUGCCAAGAUUCAGGCUGGAGAAGGAGAAGCUGCUUUGCUGAACCAAUUACAAGAGAAAAAUCACUCGCUACAAGAACAGAUCACGCAGCUUACAGACAAGCUUAAGAACCAGUCGGAGAGCCACAAGCAGGCUCAGGACAACCUUCAUGAACAGGUGCAGGAGCAGAAGACACACCUGCGUUCAGCUCAAGACCGCUGUCAGGGUCUGGAGACCACCGUCACUGAACUCAACACACAGCUCACAGAGAGCAGAGAGAAGAUCGCUCAGCUAGACACUCAGUUGAAAGCCAAGACUGAGAUGCUGUUGUCUGCUGAAGCAGCAAAAAAUGCCCAGAGAGCUGACUUGGAGAGCCACCUAGAGACUGCUCAGAAUGCAUUGCAGGAUAAGCAGCAAGAGCUCAGUAAAGUGCAGGCUCAGCUGGAGGAGCAGGCCCGCAGGCUGACGGAGAAGCAGGAGCAGUGCUCUCAGCUGGAGAACGGCCUGAAGGACAGCAGAGACAAACUGAUGACUGCAGAACAGAGGAUAGAGACGCUCCAGACCCAGACCAAGAAAGCCGAGGUUGAGUUGACUGAGCUCCGCUCCGGAAGAGAACAGGCUCAGAAAGAGCAGUCUUCUCUUAAGAAGCAGAUCAGUGAGCUGGAGAUGAAGACCAAAGAGUUGAACCGACUUUUAGAUUCCGAGAAACAAGGAGCUUCCACCCAGCAAGAGGAGCUAAAGAAGAAAAGCUCAGCUCUCACCGAAACAAGACAAAAGCUGGAGAAAGCAGAGCAGGAGCGUGGAGCCCUGCAGGCCAACCUGGAUAAACUGUCUCAGGAGGGUCAGAAGCAGCAGGCAGAGUUGGACAAGAAGGUGCAGGGUCUGAGUUCAGAUCUCCAGAAAACUCAGGGGGAGAAAGAAACGCUGGUAAAAGAAGUGGCGACAGUGAAAGAGGCUCUGAGUAAAGCUUCUAAAGCCCUGAAGGAGAGCCAGACUCAAUUAGACAAGGAGAAGAAGGGCAGCAAGGCCACUUUGGAGGAGAAGGAAAAGGUUUUUCAAAAAGUACAACAAGAGCUUCAGAAGAACUCAGAGGCCACUUCUAAAGAGCUCAGCAAUGUCAAAGGUCUGCUGGAGAAAUCGAUAGAGGCAGAAAAGAGUCUUCAAUCUCAGCUGACUGCACUGAACGCUCAGCUGAAGCAGUGUCAGGAUACACUGAAGGAGAAAGAAAAGAGUGAACAGCAGCUGCAGGCAGAGCUGAAGACCAGGCAAGGCUCCUUCAGUCAGGAAGUGAAGAAACUGAAGACACAGGUGUCUGAGCUGCAGGCUUCCCUUGCUAAAAAGACUGAAGAGGAAGCCAAGCAAAAGGAGCAAAUCACAGCACUGUCUAAAGAUCUGAGCUCAGAGAAGAAUCGCUGUGCAGAGCUGCAGAAAACCAGUGACGGCACCAAAGAGAGUCUCACCGCCCUUCAGUCUGAUUACUAUGGCAAAGAGUCUGAGCUCUCUGCUGUACGCCAGGACCUUAAGGUGUGCGAGGAGAAGUUGGUUCUUGCUCAGGAGGAGCUGGUGACCAACAGGAACCAGCUCAGUGCUUACGAAACCCAAAUCCAGGAGCUGAAGACGGGCCACACAGCGAUGGAGAUAGACCUGAGCAAGAGAGACGAGAAGAUCAAACAGCAAGUGGAGACUCUGCAGAAGCUCCAGAAACAACAGGGACAAACAGAGGAGCAGCUGAAGAAGGAGAAAGCUCAAUGCGAGGAGCUGAGAGAGAGUCAAAGCGCCCUGGAAAAGGACAAAAACAAACUGUCUGCUGAUCUCAAAACACUGGCUGAGAAGAAUGAGAAGGAGCUGAAGGACUUGCAGGCAGCAAAGCAGUUGUUGAUCCAGCAAAAGGUGGAGAUGCAGGGGAAGGUAGAGGCGGCUCAAGCAUCUGUGGAGAAAGAACAGAGAGAGCAUCAGAAGACCAGAGACUCCAUCAAACAGAAUGAGCAGCAGCUCAAGGCUGAGACCAACAAAAUAAAGCAGCAGCUGGCAUCAGAAGUGAAGGCUAAAGAGGAGAUGGUGCGGCAGAGGGAAGAGGCUGAGGUGAAGAUGUCCAUGCAGGUGACGGCACUGAAUGAGAACGUGGCCACGCUGAAGCGAGAGUGGCAGAGCAGCCAGAGGCGGGUGGGUGAGCUGGAGAAACAGACGGAUGAGCUGAGAGGAGAGAUUGCCGUGCUGGAAGCAACAGUCCAGAACAACCAAGACGAAAGACGUGCACUACUUGAGAGGUGCGUCCAGGGUGAAGGGGAGAUGGAGAAGCUUCAGGCUAAGAUGUUGGAGAUGCGCAGGAAGUUGGACGACACUACUGCCGCCAUGCAGGAGCUUGGUCGAGAGAACCAGUCCUUACAGAUAAAACAGUCACAAUCCCUCACACGGAAGUGGACAGAAGACCAUGAGGUGCAGAACUGCAUGGCUUGUGGGAAAGGCUUCUCCGUCACUGUCAGAAAGCACCACUGCAGACACUGCGGGAACAUCUUCUGUGCAGAGUGCUCUGCCCGCAACGCCCUCACACCCUCCUCCAAGAAGCCCGUUCGAGUGUGUGACAACUGCUUUGAUGAGCUCCAGGGCUGAUCGGCCCCCUGUCCCGCCCGAAACCCCUCUGCAAGUCCCGCUCACCCUGACCUCUCCACAGCAAACACAGGAGCUGCACGUCACGGGUGGGCUCAUCAUGCUGCCAGUCAGACGGAGGUAACACUAAAUUAAACCUGUCCUCCUCUGUCCAGUGCCUUUGCCACUUACGGGCCGCUUUCACACCCCGAUGGGUGAAAAAUGAAGGGUCCGCUUGAACAAAAUAAAGGAGCAGUUCCUGAGUUUUGACUUAAAUGUUUAAGGUUUUACACUGACAUGAUAUUUUAAAGCGUGCAGAGGAGAACGGAAGCUGCUCUUUAUUUGAUAUAUCAUAUUUGUAAGUAGUUGUACAGACUAAAAGAGGCACAUGUGAAUAUUGCGAUAUAAUUGUCACUCUAUUUGUCACUCAGUGUGGGCAUGUUAACAUACGGUUCGUGGGGUGUGAUGUACAUGCUUGCUUUUUUGCUGCUCUUCUGUCUGUGGAGAUGUUUAUUUCUCAUUUAUAAUCUCACCAGAAGUUGGUGAUCGUUUUAAAGAUUUGCGCACACAGAAACGUCUCUAUGUUCUGGUUUCUUUUUUAUCACAUGUUGGAUGUAUGUGCCCUGCUUUUAAGCAAUAACUGUGCGUUGGGUGUAAUUUUGUUUUGUGUGCUAGCGCUAAUGAAAAUGAAUGACAGACCGCUGAUUGUGUUUCUAAUGUCAGCUGCUACAGUGUGUUUAUCGUCAGCCUGAGAUGAUUCUCUCUCUUUCAUGGCAUCAAAUAGGCUUGUCCUAACCCUAACCCUUUAGGUUUAAAGGGAUAGUUUACUCCAAAAUGUAAUAGUGUUAAUUCUGACAUUAUUUACUCGCCCUCAUGUUGUUCCAAACCUGUUUAUUUCAUAUGUGGAACAUAAAAGAAGAUGUUUUGAAGAAUGUUGGUAAACAAACAUUUUAGUUCCUAUUGAUGUCUAUCGUGUAUCAAGUAUAUUAUUGAAGUUAAUGAAAACUGACUUAUUUUUAUUAUCUAUAAAUAUCUAUUAUCUAUUAAAAGUCUAUUUUUAUGUCAAAAAAUAUUUUGAAAAAUGUUGGAGACCAAACAGUGUACUGUGUUCCAUUUAGUAGAUUAUUGUGAUGAAGAAAAAAAUGAAUGGAAGUAAAUAGUCUAUUGAAACCAAAACUGCUUUUACAAUUUUUUUUUCGUGCACAACAUGACGAUUUUUCAAAAAUGUUAGUAAGCAAACUCUUACAGUGUGUUCUGUUGUGGUUUUCCCACAUUAUUUAUUCAGAAUGUUUUAGUUUGCUAACAUUUUUUCCAAAAUAUUUCUUUCUUUCUUUCUCAUUUUUUUGCUACUUGUAGAACAUGUUUUGAAGAGCGGUAAUGACUUUGUUGAUCUUUUUUUGUCAUUCAAUGCAAAAAAGUGACAACAGAAACUGUUCAAAAUACUUUUGAUGUCUUUCUCAUUGACUUCUACAAACAAAAAAUGUUUUUCUGCAAACUUCUACAAGACGUUUUAUCUUAUUUUUGCCUCUUGUAGUACACAAAAAAAUGUUUUUUAAGUAUGUAGUUGAUCAGUUUAUUUUCUCUUUGACUUCAUUUCAAAAUAUCUCAUGUUGUUUGUUUGUUUUCCAGAACACAAAAGAAAAUGUUUUGAAGAAUGUUGAAUACAGUUUUUGGUUUUUCUUUUAACUUCCAUUGCAUUUUUGCAAAUAUAGCAGAAGUGACCCCUACUCCGCACACUCCAUCCCCCCUAACUUGUAACCAAUGUUUCAAAACAUCUUUUCAUGCCAAACCAAGAACAUUUUGAAUAAUUUUAAAGUGAUGUUAAAUAACAAAAAUAACAAUUUACUCACACUCAAGUGGUUCCAAACCUUUGUGGGAUUUUUAAAAAUUGAAAACAAAAAUAAUAUAUUUUGAAGAAUGUUACGAACUGUAAUAUUGAAUUAAAAAAACAUUGAAAGUUUACAUUAAACAUUAAAUUAACAUUGAAAACAAGAUAAUCUUACUGUAUAGAAGUCAAUAGUUACAGCUUUCCAACAUUCUUUCUUAACUUUUGUGUUCAUAAUUUAAAAAAACUCCGUUAACAGUGAAAAGUCUGAAAAUGUUGAAAGAAUUUUUAGUUUUGUCAGAACUGUCCCUUUAAUGACCAAACAGUUUCCAUUCUCAUUGUUAUCUGUUGUUUUUUGUUCACAAAUAGAAACUACAUGGGAACUGAAAUGUUUUCAAAAUAAGAUUUAGAUGUAUUAUUUUUGAUAUAUAAUAGUACAUCUGUUUCAUUUGCAGAACAGUAAAUGAUACAACUUUCCUUGUGUUUGAAUCCACACAGUGAAAAUGAAUGUUCAAAAUACAUUUGAACCCCAUUUACUUCCAUUGUGUGGACACAAGCUAAUUCUUUUCAGAACAUCUUCCUUUCAUAGAGCUCUGAAACAACAUGAGGGUCAGUAAAUGACAGUUUUCUUUGUUGUUGAUCUAUAUCUUUAGCAGAAGCCGAGCGUGUUGUGAGAUUGUCUGAGCACUCACUGCUGUACAGUACACUUCACUGUAUCUCUGUCUAAUAGAUGUUUUCACUCAGUUUAAUAGAUCGCACAUCGUGAAUCGUGUGUGAUUCAGAGGUAAUGAUUUCAUGCGGUUUGUGUCAGUAGAUGCAUUCAGGAGCAUAAACACAAUGUUAAAGUGUCUCAGGAUGUUUUGCGCUUUUCACCAGCUCAGUCAAGUGAGGUGACUUUAAAAAAUGUAAUAUUAUAUGAAUAAUAUCCCUUUAAUUUUGUGUGCCGCCAUCGAAAACAAUAUCAUAGAUGCCACUCUGUGCCAUAUACGACCUCCAUCUGACUUCACUUUGUGUUUUCUCUUACCAUUAAAGGAACAGUACACUUUCGGAAAUAAGCUCAUUUUACAAGUCACGCAGAGUUAUAGUUGAGUUUUACCAUUUUUUAAUACAUUAAGCCGAUCUCCAAGUCUUGCGGAAGCACUUUUAGCUUAGCUUAGCAUAAAUCAUUGAAUCGGAUUAGACCGUUAGCAUUUCACUAAAACAUUCAAAAAAGACUUUAGUAAUUUUUCUAUUUUAAGCUUGACUCUUCUGUAGUUACAUAUUCCACCAAGACAGACAGAAAAUUAAAAGUUACUAUAUCCUAGGCCGAAAUAGCUAGGAACUAUACUUUCAUUGUGGCGUAAUAAUUCAAGAACUCUGCUGUAGUACCAUGGCUGCAUUGAGUGCAAUGAUAUUAUGUAGCGCUGUUACCUAGCUACCUAUCUGAGGACUGUUUUCAGGCACUGCAUAACAUUAUUGUGCCUACUGCAGCCGUGGUACAGCAGCAGAGUUCUUUAAUUAUUACGUCAGUGUAGUUCCUAUCCAUAUCAGCCUAGAAAACAACACCUUUUCACUUUCUGUCUGUCUUAAUACACAAAUAUGACCACAGAAGAGUUGAGCUUUAAAUAGGAAAAUUAUCCAUACUCUUUGAUCAUUUUUAAUAUGCUAAUGGUCUAAUCUGAUUCAAUGAUUUAUGCUAAGCUAAGCUAAAAGGGCUCCCAUCAAACUCAGAGGUUGGCUGAAUGGAUUAAAAAUGGUAAAAGUCAACUGUUUAACUCUUGGUGAAUGAUAAAAUGAGCCUAAUUUCCUAAAUAAAAAGUGUAGUGUUUCUUUAACAGUGCUGUACAACUCAUGUGUGGUCGCAAAUGCAAAGUACAUCACUUCUGGUCAGCACUACACACUAGCAGUGUCUGUUAUACGGAUGUCAUGCAGUAUUAUUGUUCUUAUCAAUCCAUUGGCUGAACGGCAGGGUGUUCAUAGUCAUGUUGUGCUCAUGUUGGUGUGUGCCUUACAUCCAGCUUUAUUUCUGUCAUCUUCUGUGCAUUUGUGAAGCAGGAGAUCUGCUCACUCCUUUGGCAGAGCAUCAGACGUGGAUGAAGAAUCACUAUCAGAAUAUAAUAAAGGUGUAAAACAGCAGAUGGCGAAGGUGAUUUGUUUGAUGGUAAACUACUUGACGAACUGAGAUGUUUUGAUGUUAUGGAAGACAAAAACAUGUUCAGAGGUAUUAUGUGUUUUCUAAUUUUCCAUCAUGUUUAAGAGUAAAUAAUAAACUAGUUGUUUCUAUUUUC